UUCUUCAUACAGUUGCUUCUGACUUAUUCCCCGUUUUGUUCAGGCCCUGUCCUAAAUGGAACUCGAGGCCGAUGCACACCACGUCGCCGACCUUAUGCAAGUGCUGGUAACGAAAAUUCAAUCUAUCGAGAAAACCAUGAUGGCACUGGAGGCGAGACACUUACCAGCAACCAUCCCGCUUGGCUAUGUGACACUGGUGGACGCAACAGGAUGGGAACACAAAAUGCUGCUUGACCAGUGUGCCUCCUUUCAGCAAAUUCGUGACAUGCUCCCUGGCUUGCUACACCAAUGUCGACCAGAUGAAGCUGAGGUCCAAAGUGUAACGCAACUCACAAGUGAUAAUGAUCUUCGGUCAAGAGUUCAGGCAGGAACCAAGAUUGUCAUGAGAGCUGUUAUCGACGAGGUCGUCAGCUCAUUUUCCGCAAAACGCAUUAGCACAUGGCUGCUGCAUCACUUGUUAUCGGUGCAAGCAACAAUUUCAGGUCCCACGUACCAAAAGCAUAAAUGUGAAAAAACAACCCAAAAGAGAGAACACGAUCCAACGUCGAUGGGCCGACGGAGGAAGUGAAGUCCCUUAUUCGCAAUUUCGUGGCAAUGGAAUUGCGAGUGCAUUGUGACUCGGAAACCAACCACCUCACGGCUGAAUCUGUGACAUGGACGCCGGGAACGGGCG